AUGGACAGUUAUGAUAAAUUAAAGCCAUAUGGCAUAUGCAUUAAUGGUUGUAUUGACGGAUUUUCCCGUCACAUUAUUUAUCUUCAAGCAGGUUCUACAUCCAGUGAUCCUAAGGUUGUAGCUGGAUACUUUUUGCAAGGUUUAGAACAAGUUAAUGGAUGCCCUAAAACUUUACGAUGUGACCUUGGUACAAAAAAUAGAGUAGUAGAGAGAAUACAGAAUUCCUUGCACCAAUUAUUCAAUGAAAAUCCAGGCAAUAAGCCUUGUUUAUUGUAUGGGAAAAGCUGUCAUAAUCAAAGAAUAGAAUCAUGGUGGGGAAUCCUUCGCAAACAUUGUUCUCAGUUUUGGAUGAACUUAUUUGAAAUGUUGAAGGAGGACAAUUAUUUCGGUGGUACUUUUAUAGACAAAUCUUUGAUUCAGUUUUGUUUUAUGGAGUUAAUUCAGAAAAAUUUGGACCAAGUAGUGUUGGAGUGGAAUAUUCAUAAAAUUAGACGACUGAAAAAUACAGUUUCACCUUCAGGAAGACCGUGCAUUAUGUACGAAAUGCCAUCAAUUUAUAAGACACGCAGUUAUAUGGUUGGAGUGCCAAAUUUUGCGAUUGAAGCCCUAAGAUCCGAAUGCAAAUUUCUAAAAUAUCCUUGCGAUCAAGAUGUGUUUGAUUUAUGCAAUAUUCUACUAGUUGAAAAUAAUUGGGAAAAAGGAUCAGAUCCACACGAAGCUGUUGAUUUAUAUAUACAAUUAAGAAAUGUAUUAAAAAGUAUACUUAACAUAUAA